GUGUGUCCUCCAAGAUGCUGAGUGUUUAUAACCGCGCAGGCAGACGUCUUCAGAUGCAGUCACAUUGCUCCUGAGAGUUUUUACCGGAGAGCGGCAGCAGUUCAGAAUAUUUUACAUGGAGGCUUUAUCCACAUAUUUUUUGGAGGAGACAUUUUGUAUGAGAAGCAGAGACGAGGAAGAAGAUGGAGAUGAAGAGGAGGAAGGUGAAGAGGGGUUUGAAAUCCGGGAUCAGCUGAGAGUGAGUGACGAAGGAAACGGGGCUGACGAUGAAGAAAGAGACAACCAGGAAAGUUAUGAUGAAGAGACUGAGUCUGAGAGAAGAGAUACAGAAGAAGAAGAAGAAGAAGAAGAAGAAGAAGAAGAAGAAGAAGAAGAAGAAGAAGAAGAAGAAGAAGAAGAAGAAGAUGAGGAUGAUUGUGAUGAAGAGAUGGAGAUGAUCAUUGUCGUCAUAGAAGAGAAGGACCAACCUAAGAGGGGUGAUUCAAACUGCAGCAACACGGCCAGCGAUGAGGACAUUUCAGGACAGAUGUUAGAGAAACAAACAGCUGCACAGAGGUUCAAACCCCCGGCCUGGACUCCCAGCGUCAUAUGCAGCCUCGGUAAAGACAUCUACCACUACGCAGGGGAGGACAUCGUCAUCUAUGAAUCCAUAGACUCCUUUGGAGCAGUCAUGUGGCCGGCAGCGUUGGCUUUGUGCUCCUUCCUGGACAACAACAGGGAGGAGGUGAACCUGCAGGGGAAGGAGGUGCUGGAGCUGGGAGCAGGAACAGGACUGGUCACCAUUGUGGCCACACUGCUUGGAGCUGUGGUCACAGUCACAGACUUACCGGAUGUGUUGGGUAACCUCAGGGCAAAUGUGAUGAGGAACACCAGGGGGCGAUGCAGACACCUGCCCAAGGUGGAAGUUCUGUCCUGGAGCUACGACCUCGAGCCCACCUACCCUACAUCCCUCUACAGGUACGACUACGUGCUGGCAGCUGAUGUGGUCUACCACCACGACUUCUUAUCCGAGCUCCUGGCCACCAUGAAGCAUUUCUGUCGACCCGGGACGAAGGUGAUCUGGGCCAACAGGGUCAGGAUGGAGUCCGAUCUGGCUUUCACAGAGAACUUUAAAAAUACUUUUCACACAAGUUUAGUGGCGGAGGACGGAGACAUGAAAAUCUUCAUGGCGACAUGCAGAAAGGGAGAAACAGAAGAGGAGUGGUUGGAUCCCUGAACUGGCUCACUGUGUACAGGCCUGUGAGCCCUAGGGGUUAUGGGGCCCUUACAUCAGACCCCCCGAAGUGCUUGUGUUAAACGUUUCUUGUUAAGUCAAAGGGCUUUUGAAUGAGGAUGUGUCGGUCACAGUAUUUGGGUUAGGGUUAGGGUUAGCCCUUAACCCAAAUCCCACUGACAGUGACAUAGAGAACAGAUUUUAAGUUUGGCAGCAACAACAUGAUUGGCUGAUGGAUAUCAUAGUAACCUCUGAUUGGAUCAGCUGAUUCGAAGAGGCGGUCAUCCUGAUUGAACUUACACUAUAAGCUUUGAUACCAGCAUCACAGAUUAUUUUUGUUAAAUAUAGCGUGUGUCAGUUUGGAUUUGUUUUUACAGUUUGGUAAAGAAUCGUGAAAACAGCAGCAUGACCUGAGAUAAGGUGAAGGAUGAGGUCACAUACACUGGGCCUUUUACCUCAGAAUGGACAUCAUCUUAAUUCCUUUAGAAACAGUUUAGAAAGUAACUCUGGAUCACAUGCAUAAAUAAUGAGAAACGCAAUUUGUUAAAAGGAAUAGUUCGUCCAAAAAUGAUAAUUCACUCAUCUUCUCUCCCCUAUGCCGAUCGAAGGGUGGGUCAUUUCACUGUGUUUUACGCCACAAACACCAGAAGUGGAUAAGCUAGAUGACGAUGGCAUUUCGGACGGUCCCUGAAUGCACCUCGUCAGAAGCUAUCAGCAGACAUUUAGACCUCGUUUCGAGUUUAAUAUGAAAGUCGGGGCUUGUGGACACUGGGAUGACACCACAGGAGCAGUAUGGAGGCAUGUGUGGGUUUUUCUACAUCUGAAGAUAACCCCCUAAAACUUCAGUUGUGUUGGAAUGGGAUGCUCCACUAUGUACCACUGACACUCAAGCAGUAUUUCAUGAACUCAAACACUUGACCCACCCCUCCAUCGGCAUUGGGGUGUGUAGAUGUUGAGUGAAUUUUCAUUUUUAGGUGAACUAUUCUUUUAAGGAUGGAUGCGCUGCACGAGGUAAUAAAAUCUAAAUAUGAGUUUUCUGCACUUUUUUUUUAAUGAAGUUUUGUAUUUUUGCCUCCAGCUUGAGUCUUACAUCGGACGUUGCAGUAAUGUCAGACUCAUUUAAUACAGUAUUAGGAAAUUGGAAGAAAAACUUUUGUGUUAUAUUUUAUCUUGUAAUGUCUCUAUAAACCCAUGUAUAAUGAAUUCUCUCAUUUUGAAGAACACAACUAAAAUAUGAAAAGUUGACACUCAAAUC